AUGUCUAGCUUCACUCAUGCCACCACACUACUCCAUGCUCACAUCAAAACCAAACACAAAAUCACUUCAAACAACAACAUUAACCACAACCACACCAACAACAACCAUUCACCUUCUAAACAAAAUGCAACCAAUAGAAGAAAUUUAAUUUCAACAUUUCUAGCCACAUCAAUGGUUGUUGGCACAGCACCAUUAGCAUUAGCACAGAAUUGGGGCACUCGUUCUUUCAUUAGAGAACAUUAUUUCGAGCCAGGACUUUCCCCUGAAGAUGCAGUUUUAAGGAUAAAACAAACAGCUGAAGGGUUACAUAAUCUUAGGGAAAUGUUGGAAACUUUGUCUUGGAGGUAUGUUAUGUUUUAUAUAAGAUUGAAACAGAAUUAUCUUGAACAGGAUUUGAAAAAUGCUAUGACUACCUUGCCGGAAAAUCGUCACAAAGAGUAUGUCAAAACUGCUAAUGAAUUGGUUGAUUACUUGACUGAGAUGGAUCGAUAUGUUCGAUCGCCAAAGGUAUAUGAAUCGUACUUAUAUUACGAGAAGACAUUGAAAUCAAUAGAUGAACUUGUAGCUAUGUUAGCAUAG